ACAAAUCCCAGCAUUCCUGUGCCUUGGCUAAUAACGGUAACAAAUGUCAACAGUGAUCUUAGCAGGAAGUGCUGCUUGUUCCUUGCUAGAACAUGACGACACGCUGAAAUUCCCGACAGAAAUAUUGAGACAAGAAACUCGUCAUUUGACGUUUUCUUUGAUGCACUGUGGCUGAAUUCCCUCAAGGACACAAGUAACCCCAGAUUUCGUUCCAAAUAUUGGGAGAUGGACCGUCACAGAAGGGGUACGCCGUGGGGAAAACUGGUCAAAGUGGAUUCCAGUGACGCCGAAGUGCUGCUUUUCAACAGAGAAUGCACCAUUGGCCGUAAAAAAGGAUGUGAUUUGGCCUUUCCUGCCAAUAAACUGGUCUCAGGGGAGCACUGCAAGAUUGUGCAAGAUGAAAACUCAGGGCAGGUGUGGCUUGAAGACAUGAGUACCAAUGGUACAGUGAUCAAUAUGGCCACACUGGUAAAAAAACAAACUCACAUGCUUCAAAAUGGGGAUGUCAUCUACUUUGUAUACAUGAAAAAUGAGCCUGAACAAAAUAUUGCGUAUGUUUACCAUGCAAUCGAAACAGAGCAAGGUAUUUUGCAAGGUCAUCACGACAGUGCUUCUUCUCUCACAUCCCCCGAGAUGACGUUGUCUGUGGAGCCUGUGAUGCUCACAAAAGCACCUCGGGAUCUUAAUCAGGAAGAACCUCAGCCAUCCACCUCCACUUCCGACCUCUGUUUUCAGCUACCUUUUACACCUGGACCCCCGUCAGCCAGAGCGUGUCUAAACUCUGCAGGCACGCAAUCCAGAGAUGUAUCGGAAGGACCUGAGAAAUCACCAAACAUUUUGGAGCCACAAUGCAAGAAGCGAAAAACUGAGACCCCACUUUCAUCCAGCACAGAGCUAACGCCACCAACCUUGCCAUCAACCAGAAAUCUUUUGGUCCCAGCGCAAGCAGAAGAGACCAAGACAGACAAGAUGGAGGAAUCACUGACUUGUAUUAUUUGCCAGGACCUCCUCUAUGACUGUGUCAGCUUGCAACCAUGCAUGCACACGUUCUGUGCUGCCUGCUACUCUGGCUGGAUGGAGAGAUCAUCUCUUUGUCCUACAUGCCGCUGCCCCGUGGAAAGGAUCCGUAAGAACCAUAUCUUCAACAACCUGGUGGAGGCCUACCUCAACCAACACCCUGAAAAGUGUCGUAGUGAGGAGGACAUGAAGAGCAUGGACAGCCGCAACAAAAUAACUCAGGACAUAUUGCAGCCAAAGGUUGAGCGUUGUUUCUCUGAUGAGGAUGGAAGCUCUGAUUACCUUUUUGAGCUCUCUGACAAUGACAGUGACUCCUCUGACAUGAGUCUGCCUCCAUUGCUCUGCAGACAGUGUCCAGGUUACAGGAAAGACGUCAAUGAGAUGCUGUUUGGCAACUUUGCCACAGGCUCAAACUGCUGGGUUCCGUGUCUACCAGUCCCACCUCCUAUGCCUCCUUCUCUUUCACAUCCAAUCAAAGCAGCUGCAGAUGAAAGCUCUGUGAAGUCCAUUGGGUUGGAGCCCUCAACGUCUUCUGACAACCCAUCAGCUCCUCAAGACUACUGCUGUCAACCUCUUGGCUGCCACCUCAUUUGUACCUGCUGCCUACAACCUAUGCCAGACAGACGGGCUGAAAUGAACAGCCAGCAAUAUUGUGUGCAGUGCCAGCGUCCUUUUUGUCAUAUUUAUUGGGGUUGCAAGAGGAUUGGCUGUCAGGGCUGCCUUGCUCGAUUCAGUGAGCUCAAUCUGACCGAUAGAUGUCUGGAGGGUGUACUGAACAACAAUAACUACGAAUCAGAGAUCCUCAAGAACUAUUUGUCUUCAAGAGGCAAGACAUGGAGGGAUCUACUCAAGGAAGCCUUCAACGACUUGCAACAGGGGAAAUAUUGCCUUUCAAAUCACCACAUAUCUGCAAAUCCGAUCCUUUGUAUAUGCUGCGGCUUGGUGGUGUUCAAGGAGAUGGCGUACAAGUAUAGACAGAAUAUUCCUCCAGCUGAACUACCAGCUGCUGUAUUGGCUCGUCCUGACUGCUACUGGGGACGUAACUGUCGUACACAAGUGAAAGCCCAUCAUGCAAUGAAAUUCAACCACAUAUGUGAGCAGACCCGCUUCAAGAGUUGAGAAAACACAGCUGCUGGAGCGCAAUGGAGAUGUGUCACAUCGAGUCGUGUUCUGCCUGUUGAAGGUCUCCCCUAUUAUGUGCACUCAAAAUCCAACAAAAGCAGUCAUUAUACAUUCAGAAUACUGUAGAUUCAAACCUACUGCGGUGCUAUGUGAAGUAUUGUUACACAUUACAGGUUAAGCAAGAAAUUAAAAAUAAAUUGGGUGUAAUCUGA